AUGGUAGUUGUUACUGCCCAGGGAGUGUCAAAUUCCAACGUUCUAACACAAGCUGAUGGAACAACGAAUGGAGAAAAAUUUGUGCUUCUUUUGUGGAAAAAUUUUCUACUCCAUUGGAGAAGUAAGAUAGCGACUCUGGUGGAAAUCCUUAUUCCACCCUUUUUCAUGCUACUACUAGUUGGCCUGAGGAGUUUAACCGAAGUACAAGUUAACAAUUAUGAAUCGAUUUACGAACCCCUAGACAUUACCAAUUUCACCGGAAUAAGGGAUAACUUGGCGGUUCCAUUCGCCCCGGUCAUUGCUUUCUCGCCAAACAAUGGCUUUCUUUACGACCUUAUGAAACCGGUAGGCAUCCGAACGGAAAUGGAAAUAAAGGGACUCUCCAAUUGGCAAGAGCUGGAAUACUACCUAAUGGCAUCGAGUGCAUUUGUUGGUGUCCAAUUUGACGAUCGUUACCGUAAACUGUCAGGUUUACCGCUGAUCUUAAAUUACACAUUGCGUUUUCCCGGUGAACUUCGGGCACAGUUCGGUAUAACGCAUACGUGGCGAACGAACUCUCGGUUUGCCUCCAGACCAGAUGGAGGUGCACGGUUUUACAGAUACGACGACGGAGGCCCAAGCCCUGGCUAUUUCCGUGAAGGUUUUCUCAGUAUACAACACUUCAUUUUUGAAGCGUAUCUGGAGAAUGUUAGAAGUUUAAAUGACGAAGUGCUUCCCAAGGUUAUCGUUCAACGAUUUCCUUAUCCACCCUUUCUGGAGGAUAAUUUUCCAUCCAGUUUGACAACAUUUCUACCAAUAUCGGUGAUGCUGGCAUUCAUCUAUCCGUGUAUCAGUAUAGUGAAAUCGGUUCUGUUUGAAAAAGAAAAGCAAAUAAAAGAAGCAAUGAAGAUCAUGGGACUGAAUAACUGGAUUUUGUGGAGUUCAUGGUUCGUGAAGUGCUUAUUUUUUAUUACUAUCUCAGUGUCAAUAGUGGUUUUGUUUCUCAAAGUGCCUUGGUAUACAACACCGAAUGUAUCGGUUCUGACCCACUCGGAUUGGGGCGUGAUAUGGUUGUUUUUCUUCAUCUACGGAAUUUCCAUUAUCACGUUUUCAUUUAUGUUGAGCACAUUUUUCUCCAAGGCGAACGCCGGAGGAGCAGUGGCCGCCGUCAUUUGGUUUCUGGCAUUCGCCCCCUACACGGUAAUGGAUCAAGACUACAAUCGGCUAACUGCAGCGGACAAGCUAGCAGCAUCGCUGCUGUUGAACUCUGGAAUUGGUUUUGGCCUCCGGUUGAUUGCGGUGUAUGAAGGAUUGAUGAUCGGAAUGCAAUGGUCCAGUUUAUUUCAUGAAAGCGAAAUAGAUAAUAUAAAUCUCGGAUCGAUAAUGCUAAUACUGCUAGCGAACGCCGUUAUAUACAUGCUGAUCGCAUUAUACGUUGAAAAGGUAUUCCCGGGUGAUUUUGGAUUAGCAGAACCCUGGUAUUUUCCAUUUUCUCGACGAUACUGGUGCGGGGACGUUCAGAAGAAAGAAGCGGCAAACCAGGACCCGAUUGCGCCGAAUCCCAACAUAGAACCGGAACCGAAAGGUCGCGCCGCUCGUAUUGAGAUCCGCGAGCUGCGGAAAGUUUACUCAAACAAGAAGGUAGCCGUUGAAGGUUUAAGUUUCAAUAUGUUCGAAGGUCACAUAACGGCCCUGUUGGGACAUAACGGAGCCGGUAAAACAACAACCAUGUCGAUGCUGACGGGAAUGAUACGGCCAUCGUCUGGAACGGCGAUCGUGUGGGGCUACGACAUCCGGUAUGACAUGAGAAAAAUUAGAAAGUCUUUAGGCUACUGCCCGCAGCAUAAUAUCCUGUUCGACAGGCUGACCGUUAAGGAACAUCUGUACUUUUAUGGGAGGCUAAAAGGUUUGUCCAAAACUCAGGUGCAGUACGAAAUAGAUCGGUACAUAAAAGCCUUGGAACUGAUUGACAAAACUAAUGUGAGAGCUGCCAGUUUGUCUGGAGGCAUGCAGAGAAAGCUAUGCGUGGGUAUUGCGUUGUGUGCUGGUUCCAAGGUGGUUCUUUGUGAUGAGCCUACCUCCGGAAUGGAUCCCGCAGCUCGCCGAGCGUUAUGGGAUUUGCUGAUAGCGGAAAAAAGUCGACGUACCAUGAUAUUGUCAACACACUUCAUGGACGAGGCUGAUAUGCUAGGAGACCGUAUUGCCAUAAUGGCGGAUGGUAAGCUUAAAGCUGUCGGGUCGUCGUUCUUCUUGAAAAAGAAGUUUGGUGUCGGUUACCGUUUGAUUUGCGUUAAGUCACAAGAAUGUGACGUGGAUGAGGUCACGGAGUUGCUUCGCAAAUAUAUCCCGGGUUUGGUAGUUGAGUCUAACAUAGGAACAGAGUUGUCGUACCUUUUGGAGGAAGAAAAUGCCGCUCACUUCCAACCUAUGCUGGAAGAACUGGAAAGCAACGUUCAGCGGCUGCAUGUCUUGGAUUUCGGCAUAUCUCUCACCACGCUGGAGGAAGUUUUUAUGAAAGUUGGAUCCGAUAACGCAACCAUCAGUGACGCUGUAAGUGUGAGCAGCAUUGCCACUGCCUCCACUGAUCUCGAAUCAAAUUCCAGCGUUGGGGAUUACAAUCUUCUCGAAGGAUUCCAAUUGUUCCUCUGUCAAAUGAAAGCACUGUUUUUGAAAAAAGUUUAUCAAACUUAUCGAAACUGGUUCUUGUAUAUUAUCCAAAUUGGAAUUCCGAUUCUGUUUGUAGCAGUAACAAUCGCUGUCGUGCGUGCCUGGGUUGGGUCCAGAGAUAUGCCGUCCCGGUUCUUGACCAUUAUGAACCAUAAUCCAUCAGUGACGCUCGUGCAAACAGACCCCCAUGAACGGAGUGAAAUGACACAAUCUAUUUUGAACAACUAUCUGUACCACUUUGAAUUCGCACAAGGAUUGGUCGUCGAUUUAGUGUACGACUUCAUCGUUAGAGUCUUUUUAAAUCACGCUGAAAGCAACCUGAUCGAGGUUAAUAGGCAUUUCAUUAUUGGGGCUACCAUCCACGAUGACAACUGCACCGCUUGGUUCAACAACGAAGCGCUUCAUUCGCCAGCUAUCUCACUGAGUGUCCUGCACAAUGCGCUAUUGCGAACCUUUACCCAAUCGAAUACCUUUCGCAUUGAUGUUACGAACCAUCCCCUGCCGUAUACGGACGAAACCAGGCUCCAGAUGAGCCGAGCCCAUAACAAUCUGGGCUUCCAGUUGGCAUACAACACCGGAUUCGGAAUGGCAUUUGUGUCCGGGUUCUUCGUAAUAUUCUACAUUCGCGAGCGUGUCACCAAAGCCAAACUGCUACAGUUAGUCAGCGGAGUGAACCGCUUCUUCUAUUGGUUGACAGGUUUUCUGUGGGACUAUUUUAUCUUUGCGAUUGUGUGUCUAUUUAUUAUUGCAACGAUAGCAGUGUUUCAGGAGCCUGGAUUCAGUACGGGAGCAGAGUUGUUUCGAAUGUAUUCCAUUUUUCUGUUCAUUGGCCUUCCGGCACUCCCUCUGGCCUACAUCACGACUCUGUACUAUGCCGUUCCGCCGGCAGCAUUCAUACGCGUCAGUGUUGCAUUUAUCGUCACAGGAACUGCACUUUUCAUUUUUGUGUUCCUUCUCGGGACCGACAUGUUCCAGCUGAAUGAACUUUCCGAAACACUCUCGACAGUGUUUUUAAUAUUCCCGCAUUUCACGCUGUGUGAUGCCAUCGUUAGUUUGAGUCGAAUGUCGGUUACGAUUAACAUGUGCGAAUCGGAACGGCCACCGGGUGUGACUCCGUUACCGAUCUGCUACGAGGAUCUACAUUUUUAUCAGUGGGAUCGUCCCGGUAUAGGAAGGCAUCUGUACUACAGCUUAUUUAUGACAGCAAUCUAUUUUGGAUUGCUCUUUUUACUGGACUUUAAGGUACUAAAAGUUUUGGUACAAAAAACACGUGAAUGGCACUACCGAGGCAAGCACAAACUGCAGACGGAUCGAAACGAGAUCGACUCCGAUGUUCUGGCCGAGAAACUGCGUAUCGAAAAGAUGACGGAAGCUGAAAGAACUGAAACAAAUUUGGUAGCACACCAGAUGACCAAAUAUUAUAAUCGUUUUCUGGCGGUCAACCAGCUCAGUGUUGGAAUCAAAAGCUACGAAUGCUUCGGCCUUCUCGGUGCGAACGGUGCCGGAAAGACUACCACGUUUAAGAUGCUGUCGGGCGACGAAACGAUUUCCUUCGGCAACGCAUGGAUCAAAGGCAACAGCCUGAAGAGUCACCUGAAAAAGGUCCACAAGCACAUCGGCUACUGUCCGCAGUUCGAUGCGCUGAUCGAAGACCUCACGGGACGCGAAACGUUAAAAUUGUUCUCCCUGCUUCGGGGGGUGCCGGGAGAUAAAAUCCCCGAGAUAACCAACUUUCUGGCAAGAGAGUUCGGCUUCGCGAGACACCUGGACAAGCAGGUGAAAGCCUACAGUGGGGGCAAUAAGCGAAAGUUGAGCACGGCAUUGGCCCUGUUAGGAAAUCCGUCGGUGGUGUACUUGGAUGAACCUACCUCGGGAAUGGAUCCCGGGGCGAAGCGGAAUCUGUGGAACGGGGUCUGCCGCGUGCGAGACAGUGGGAAAACAAUCGUGCUGACUUCGCACAGUAUGGAAGAAUGUGAGGCACUGUGCACGCGGUUGGCCAUAAUGGUGAACGGGGAGUUCAAGUGCAUCGGGUCGACCCAGCAUUUGAAAAACAAGUUUUCGCAAGGCUUCGUAUUGAUUAUCAAAGCCGCGAAAGUGGAUUCUAUCGAAAAAGCGCGAGCAGCAGAGGAAUCAGACGCUCCGGACUUACAGAGAAUAAAAGAUUUCAUCCUAACUCAGUUUCCUGAUUCAGAGCUAAAGGAAGAGUACCAGGACUUGCUGACAUAUUAUAUUCGAUCGCAGCACAUGAAAUGGUCGCAAAUAUUCGGUAUAAUGGAAAGCUGUAAACGUACUCUCAAUGUUGAGGAUUAUUCUAUCGGUCAAACAAGUCUCGAACAAGUGUUUCUCUCAUUCACCAAGUUUCAGCGAGAAGAUUGA